UCGGUCUCAGUCUGUCAACUGCUUUCGCUUUCGUGAAAAUAGAAACUGGCACCGAAGGCAGCGCAAUGCCUGGACUUUACAUGCCAGAAAAAAUUCCAGAAGAUUGCAUUGGCAAAAUCAAGGACUUGUUCGCCUCUGAAAGCCCUGCACAAAUUCCACAAAAGAUUACUAAUCUUUUGCAGCUGUAUGACCGUUUUAACAUAGAUAUCGCUGUGACUGGAGAGUCUGGUUCUGGAAAGUCUUCUCUCAUCAAUGUAUUCCUAGGACUGAGUCCUGAUGAUGUCGGGGCAGCUCAGGCCGGAGUUGUAGAAACCACAAUGAAAGCAACUAUGUAUCAGCAUCCAAAUUUCCCCCAGGUCAGACUGUGGGAUCUUCCAGGCAUGGGCACACCCUCCUUUAAUUCAAAAAGUUAUGUAAAGGCAAUGAACCUUGAAUCAUAUGACAUGUUUAUAGUAGUCAUUUCUGAGAGAGUCAGAGAAAACAACAUGCUUUUGGUUGAUACAAUUUCGCAACAAAAGAAGCCGUUUUAUGUUAUCAGAACAAAAAUCGAUAAUGAUAUGCGGUCCCAGAGACGGAAGCGUAACUUCUCUGAAGCAAAUGCAUUGAAUAAAAUGAAAGAGGACUGUGAGAAGUACUUGAAGGAGAAGAACCUGGACAACCCUGUGUUCCUAGUGUCAGCACACGAGCCGUUGAAUUAUGAGAUGCCGAGGCUCAUGGACACUUUCAAGAAUGAGGUUCCUCAAAUUAGGGCUGAACUGUUUGUAAGUUUCCUUGACAAGAUAUUUCAUCGUUGGUUUACAGCAGGGUAUGCUACACAACAUGCCCAAAAGACUGGAAAAAUACAAGCUGAGGAUGUUGCAAACUUACACAGUAUGUAUAAAGAGACAGGCUUUGGAGCUGUGAAAGUCAAAGCUGUCCUGGACUCCCUGAAUCACUUUCAGCUGGAUGUUGCAGUUUUGGGUGAGACAGGGUCUGGAACAUCUACUCUUGUAAAUGCCUUAACUAGAAUGGAGAAAGACAUGUAUGGUGCAGCAUCAGCGUUCAUCGGCAACCCAGCAGUGAGUUCUGAAUACCAAGGUGUCCGGUUCUGGGACAUGUCUGGCAUAGAAGCAUUCAUGACCUCAAUGUAUGAGAUGAAACAAAAUCUGCGUGAUCAUGACUUCUUCAUCCUCAUUGUAUCAGACUGGCAGGAAGCACGGCAUGUAAAACUAGCCAAAGCUGUCAUGGAGUUACGGAGGCAUUUCCUCUUGGUCCAGACAAAAAUAGACUGUCAUCUACGGGCUCAAGGAGAUCUGUGCUGUGCUGAGACCGAAAUGCUUGAUGGGCUUCGGGCACAAUAUACCAGAAAACUUCAGAGGGCAAAACUGCUGGAACCGCAGAUUUUUCUCAUCAACAGCCUAGACAGAGAUGGACAGGACUUUAUGGUUUUGGAGAGUGCACUGGCCAUUGAACUCGACGCAAUCAGGACAAUCGCCUUUGCACAUUACAUAGAAAAAAUACUCAGAAACAGCACAGAAACAUGUCCUAGUAGCAUGGCCUGGUAAACUACCAGUACUGGUUAGCGUGUUGACAAAAUGUUAAAGCCGAUUUGGAUAAGCGUCUUUCAAAUUAAUAAUGUAAAUGUACAUGUAUGAUAUGAUGAAGUGCUUUAAAAUGAUUGAAUUUCUUAUCUCAUCACACUAUUUAAAGUUCUUUGUUAUGUGUUUUUUAUUUUAAAAAAAAUUAUUCAUCGGUUACUCCAAUGAGAAAGAUAGUAGCGUUUUGAUUUUAGAACUGGAAUGGAAUAUAAUGCAUUAAUGUGAAAGGGAUUUGCAAAUAAUCCAUAUGCAAUAUAUACAGUACACUACUAUUCAAAAGUUUAGGCUCCCUUUGUAAGUGAAGUCUAUUGAACUUGAAAGCUUCUGUAAGAGAAAAAAACAUAUAAAAAAAUGUUAGAGAUGUUGGUUUAUAUGGUUUGUGUGUUGUCGGUCGGCUGAUGGGGACGCUGGGUUAAUGUCAUGUUAAUGCAUGUUUUGAUUCUGUCAACCCUUUAUCCCAUCAACAAAUUAAGCAAAAAGCCCCAAAAUGUGUUCAUUGCUGGCAAAGCCAUGAGGUGGCAAGUUUCUUAAAGUUCUUUUAAGUUGUGUUCCCUUAUUAAUACUAUAUAAAGGGUCACCAUGUAAUCUUUAGAGGGUGUUUGUUGAUGCCUUUUGAUUUACAUGUAUUAUUUAUUUGAUAGAUAUUGACAUUAAACAGAGUUCUUAAACAUGA